CUAUCUUACCAUGACCGAUGUAACAUCGUAUGCACAUCAUAAAUUCCCAGUUUCUUUCUUGUUGUACACCGCAACCAAAAUAACUUGUCGAAUUAACCAAAUCAUUACUGUAAACAGCUCCAUGAAUGCUCGUAUCUCCGAGACUUCACAAAAAAAAUAACUCUUGCACGCCUUGCGUGCCUAUGUUGUAUAAAUUAAGUGGACUCAAAUCUAUGCACAGUUUUAUUUGUAGAAUAGUUUGAUACAUUGCUCUUUAGUUUUAUGCUACACUAGAAUCACUCUACAGUAAUAUUUUCAGUUUUCUGUGAUCUUGUCCCUCUGGCCGGUAGGAUCUUGAAAAUACUACAGGCUAGAGGGAGAGCUUGUGUAUAAGGUAAUUGGACUCUUAAGUCCAUGCACAGUUCUUUUCGCGAGCCUGCUCAUGUGUCAGCGUUUCCCUUUGCUUCAAUUUCCAAUGCGAACGAAAACAAUAUUUGAUGAUAUUCAAGCUUAUUCUGUGCUCAAUUUUCCGUAAACAAAACCUCCACUAAACAGUCAAAGGAGAACAAGAGAGUCGGAAAUCUGCAACGCGUCCGUCAUCGUGGAAGUUUCAGGUAAGCUAAAUUUAUUGGUGAACUUGAAUCGGUCCCAUUGAUAGUUCUGGGCUUUUUUAAUUUUCAUUUUCCCAUUGAUUUUAUAGGGGGGCAGUAGGGGGGUCAGUAGGGGGUCAGUUGACCGGGGGUCAGUGUUUUGUCGAAACCCACAUUUCAGUGCUUUCACUCAGCAAGAGAAACUUCCUCGUCGAGACAAAACUUAACGGCGGGGUAGGGGAGGGGAGUUAGGAGGGGAGGGGUGAUAUUCUGUCCUCUCGCCAGAUUUCACUCGCGUCCGGACAAGAUGGCGGCUUUCAGGACGGUUCAUUGCCCAGUUGAAUGAGUGGGUAGGACUGGGACAUCUGUAAUAUGUGGUAAUAUUUACACAAGGAAAAUACUUCACUGAAAUUGCGUGACCAUUUGUUGCGAAGAUGAAAGCAAGUUAAGCUUAGUUCUGGACUACGAACUCACGAAAUGUUGAAUCAGUCAACAAGACGUGUAAAUACGGGCAUCACUGCUGAAUCUCUUUAUUUAGCUUUAGCAAUGUGGAUGGAAAUGUUCCCGGAACACACUGUGGAACAAUUUGAUCCAGUAGAAAGCAGGGAAACUACAGCAGAUUCAGGCAAAAUUAAGGACGUUUAUAGGAAAGUCGGAUGCGUCCUCGCACAAGAAAACGGCCGUCUUCUGGCAGUGGACCACAGUCGCGACGGUGUGCAUGGAUUAGCUGGCUUGCUUGUGAAACUUCACGACAGAGUCAAGGGUUGCAGUGCUUUCUUGUCACGGAAGCCAUGUACGUACUGUGCUAAGCUUUUGGUGCAAGCUGGUAUCACUGCAGUUUCUUAUCCGCCUGUUGAGCCGGAGUAUCGCCAUACUACGAAAGAAGAAGAACGAGUUCGGGUCUUAUUUGAUGCUGGUCCAAUUUAUCAAAGUGUUUACUUCCCUCAAGUGAAGACAGAUUUACUGAUGUCAGAUCAAGAGUUGCUAGCAAAUGGGAUAUUGUUGAACGAUGUUCAAGAGUUCCACCGACUGGUGUCUGAGAGAUUUUGGAACGAGGAAAGCUCGAGGCGGAUGACGGGCAGUUCAAUUGAACAAACAUACAAUGAUUUUCAAAACCUUGCGAAAUGGUUUACACAAAUUUAUCUCCCUCUAAAGCAUUCGAAGUUGAAGCUGUCUGCACACAGCGAAGGAACCGGUGUCAGCUUUCCAGAGGGAACUACUAGAGUUUUCGAUCCCGAACAUAAUUUCCAUGAAGAACAGAUUGCCAAACAUAUGCUUGGGUUAGCAAUGAUGACAAUUCAACGGACUGUUGAGCCGAAAACUGGCGUGGGUUGCGCCAUCAUGAAGAACAAUGACGUAAUGGCGGUUGGAUGGAAUGGAUUUCCUUCUGAAGUAAUCGAAGAAGACUUUCAUAAUCUAUCUGAUCAAGAACGGGACAAAAAAUAUCCAUCCUUCGUUCACGCGGAACAACAUGCACUUCUUAUGCGUAACACAACAGACGUCACGGGGGGUAUUAUCUUUGUCACGAAAAUUCCAUGUCACGAAUGCACUCCUCUGGUGAAGGUUGCUGGGAUAGAAACAGUAGUGUUGGCGACACCACUGAAAGCGAUAAAGGAAAGUUAUCGUCUUAAUUAUGACAUUUUUCAAGAAGAGGUUAAGAAAGGCACUUUCCUAUGCUAUGAAAUGGUAACAGUUUAACAGUUCGGUAAAAAGGCGAGCUGAACUUAUGGUGGAAUGCUUGAUACUUUCCCCUUAUUGUUAGCCUUAUUUGCUCAUAUUGUUCAAGAAUUGUUAAUUUCGGGAUACCGACACGAUUACGUAACUUUUAUUCCUUUAAAUCGUAACUAAUGGUAAUGUGUAUUUUUCUACUUAGCCUUAGUUAACAAAAAACUUAAUGAGCUCGAGAUUUCUACGAAAUGAUAGAGCAUAGAGAAUCCAUUGAACCAAUUAAGACUUAAAUUAAAUACAUGUGGCUGACGCAAAGCCAAGGAAAAAGUGUGCGAACGAGGCGCAAUUGGCUUUGGUUUUACAUCUGAUUGGAUAAAAAAGAGGUGCGAGUCUUUUAAGCCAAUUGUGUAGCGUAGCAAUACAGAACCAAUGACUUUUCGACACUCAAAAACCGCGCUUGGUAGUUGAUGAAGCCGCUUCAAAUAACGGUGUUCAAUUAUUUCUCGUCUUGGUACUGAACUUUUUAGAAAAAUCGCGCGGACUGAAUUGCCAAACUGCCGUUGUGUACGCGCGCUCAUCAGUUUCUAAGAGUGUCCUUAUUUCCGAGACCUCCUUCAAAAUUUCGGAGAAACGAGGAAACGUUGCCAUUUUAUUGACUACAGCAAGCCACUCAUCACUAAUAAUGACUGAUAGCGUGCAGUGGCUCAGCCAAUCAGAUUGACGCGUUUCCCGAGUGGCUACUAAUGGGUUUGAAAGCACAUUCUUUCUGAUUUUCAUAGAAAGCGCAUACAUUAAAAAAAAAACGCUGUCCGAAGUUAAGACGUUUCAAACAUAUGAGCCUUAUCGUAUAUGUAAUGUAUGGACAACGAAAAUCGCCGACAUCAUUUACAUCCCGUGCGCAUGUGAAAAUGGCAGCUGUUCUGUUUUCUCACAGCAGCGUUUUCGACGUGGAAGACUGUGAAAACGGUAGUGUGGAUGAGCGGCGUUUUUGGCGAAAAAGCAUAAGUGUGGACGGGGCCAUGGCGGCCAUGUUGGUGUUCCCAGACAAUAGGAAAUGUUUACAUGAGGAAAGAACUUGUUCUCGAACGGGAGAUAUUCUAAAAGAGGUAAAAAACGUUCUCUGGUAAAAUUGUAUAAAUUGGGAGAAAUUCUAUUGUUUGCGAACAUCAACAUGGCUGCAGUUACGUCAUGUGAAAACACUAAAUAGGGUUCACUUAAAAACAGUGAUCAACAUGUAGACAAAAGUGUGAUUCUGUAAAAAAUAAAAUACAUUUCAUAUUUUAA